UGUAAUGCUCAACCUCCAAGCGGCGAGACUGCCUUCAGCACCCUGAGUAUCCCAUUUGGCUGGGCAAAGAACCCCAUGAUUCGUAGGAUCCACGAGAUGAGCCCCCGUGUGCCUUUGACCAUGAUCUAUGGGUCACGGUCCUGGGUUGACAGCAGCACAGGAUACCAGGUGAAAUACCUCAGGAACGACUCCCAUGUGGAUGUUCAGAUUAUCAAAGGUGCUGGUCACCAUGUGUAUGCUGAGAAACCUGAGGAGUUUAACACCCUGGUGAGGAAGUUGUGCAAGACUGUUGACGAGGAGAUGAAGAAUUCUACGCAACAUAGAGAAGACGCAGGUUCAACUCAGUGAUGACAUGGAGAGAAAAAAAAUGGAGGGACUGGAGAAGUGAUAAUCAGCAAAUCCUGUGGAUUUUAUUAUUUAUUGAUAUUGGUUAAUGAUGAAUGUAAUCUUCAGGUCUGGGGUGAUUCUGACCUGUUUUAUUUUUUUAGCCAAGUUAUUAAUUUUUUUUCAUUGAAUGAAUAAUGACAUUGUGACAAAAAACCUUAUUAAUUCUUAGAAAAUUUCUGACACAGAUUAAUCUUUUUUUUUUCCAACAUUUGGCAAAACUCAUGUGCAUGUAGGUAUAACUUAUGUUAAAGUUUGCAAAGAACAGCUUCUUUUUAUCACUAGCUAUCAUAAAAAUCUUCCAGAUAAGAUAUAUCUUGACAUAAUGUUACGUUUUAGAUUUUAGAACUGUCGCCAUUAAAAACAUACAACAUUGUGCUCAGAAAUAGUCAUUCAUGUUUAACUUAUUUAAGUCAAA